AUGGAUAAGAUAAUGGAUUCGCCAACUGAGGGAAGUCCUCUAUCGGAGGCUGAGAGAUUUGUGGAAAGUGAAACUGACUACUCUAGCAUAAGGGGCAAGAUGAUUCUAGUAAGUCCAACAGCUGACGAGUAUGACCUGCUGAGAAAACAAUUAUUGGAAAGAUUGGAGGCUGGAAACGGAGAAAUUAUAUAUGACAUUGGACAAGGAGAAGAUGGCAAGGGUCUGACAGAGGACGAGUACAGCGCGUCUGUAGCGACGCUCCAGUCGCUGGUGAGCGGCGAGAGAGUGUCGUGUGUGGAGCUGCGGCGCUGGGACUGUGGCUCUGGACUCGUAGGACAAUACCUGUUGCGCACAGAGCUUGACCAUACUGACUUUAUGGAGAUUAGAGUGGCGGUGGUGGGCAACGUGGACGCGGGCAAGUCGACGCUGCUGGGCGUGCUGACGCACGGCGAGCUGGACAACGGGCGCGGCCACGCGCGCCAGCGCCUGUUCCGCCACAAGCACGAGCUGGAGACCGGCCGCACCAGCUCCGUCGGCAACGACAUCCUCGGCUUCGACAGCAUGGGUAAUGUGGUGAACAAACCAGACCAUGGCACGCUAGACUGGGUGAAGAUAUGUGAGAAGUCGUCGAAGGUGAUCACUUUCAUCGAUCUGGCUGGCCACGAGCGCUAUCUUAAAACAACUGUCUUCGGCAUGACCGGACACGCGCCCGACUUUGGGAUGCUUAUGAUUGGAGCCAAUGCAGGUAUUGUGGGUAUGACGAAGGAACAUCUCGGUUUGGCGUUGGCUCUCUCCGUGCCGGUGUUCGUGGUCGUCACGAAGAUCGACAUGUGCCCGCCCAAUGUACUGCAGGACAACCUGAAGCUGCUCAUCAGAAUUCUGAAGUCCUCGGGGUGUAGGAAGGUGCCUGUAAUGGUGAAGACGAAGGACGACGUCAUUGUCAGCGCCACCAACUUUGUUUCGCAGAGGCUGUGCCCUAUUUUCCAAGUAUCAAACGUGACUGGCGAGAAUCUCGAGCUGCUGACCAUGUUCCUCAACCUGCUGAAGACCCGCAUGCCUUCGCAAGAUGAUAAGCCUGCCGAGUUCCAGAUAGAUGACACCUAUUCAGUACCUGGCGUGGGCACGGUGGUGUCGGGCACGACGCUGGCGGGCACGAUACGGCUGAACGAUACGCUGUUGCUGGGGCCGGACGCGCUGGGCCGCUUCGUGCCCGUCGCCGUGCGUGGUAUCCACCGCAAACGCAUGCCCGUGCCCGAGGUGCGCGGCGGACAGACCGCCAGCUUCGCGCUCAAGAAGAUAAAACGGUCGCAGAUCCGCAAGGGAAUGGUGAUGGUCUCGCCCGCGCUGAACCCGCAGGCCUGCUGGCAGUUCGAGGGCGAAAUUCUCGUACUGCAUCACCCUACUACCAUUUCAUCUCGAUACCAAGCUAUGGUGCACUGCGGCAGUAUUCGGCAAACAGCGUCAAUCUUGUCUAUGUCCCGUGACUGCCUGCGUACUGGUGACAAGGCGCUUGUCCGCUUCCGAUUUAUCAAACACCCAGAGUACCUCAAACAUGGUCAGCGCAUGGUGUUCCGCGAGGGGCGCACGAAGGCGGUGGGCAACGUGCUGCGGCCCGAGCCGCGGGCCGGCGCGCGCCUCAAGCACGAGCCGCACCCCCACCACCAGCGGCGCCACCACGAACACGACCAGCAACAGGAGAAGGAAACGGACGUUACGGCUGCGGACUCGCCAUUCGAAGUGCAGGCAGACAAGCGCAACGCGGGCGGGCGGCGACCGCGCCGCCGACACGACAAGCCAGCGCCAGUGCCCGCCACCUAA